AUGAAAUAUCAAAAUAUAGUUUUAGGCAUAUUACUGAUUGCCUCUGUUACUAUUGCAGAAUCUCUUAAUCCUAGUGAAGAAUAGGUAAAAAUUAUUGAUGGAGAAGAAUUUGUAUAAACUCCUUAUGGUUUAAUGUUGAGAGAAUGUGUUCAAAAUGUUCCAUCAGGUUCUUAUGUUUAAGAAUCUGAAGAUGGAUCUGUAUUCAUCAUUAAUGAUUAAAAAAACUUUUCUAAAAGACUCGAAAGAAAUGAGAAAUGUGUAAAAAACAAUCCUGCAAGAAAAUUAAAAGAUUCAGUAAAAUAAUUUGAUGGUUGGCUAGACUAUGGUGAUUGGUAUGUUCCUGAAAAUACUAAAUUAAGCAAAUUUGAGUCAUUUUAUUCUGUACCUAAUACUCCUAUUGGUAAGAAUGACUAGUAUCUAUUCUAUUUUAUUGCAGCAUAAAAUAAUGAUAAUAGUGGUUCAGGUCACUCAGUUAUUCAGCCUGUUUUGAGUUAUACAUUAGAAGGGUGGUAUUUUUAAUCAUGGAAUUGCUGUCCAAGCGGAUAGGCUAUUAAUGCUCCUGCUGUUAAAAAUAUUACUCCUCAUGAUUAAGUUUAUGGUUCAAUUGAAGUAAAAAACUCCUAAAUUACUAUCAUUUCUUAAAAUAAAUUUGGAGAAUAAUCAUUACUUACUGUUGAUUCUAAUGGAAGAAAUUUUGAUUGGAUAGCUGCUACUUUGGAAACAUAUCAUGUAAUUGAAUGUAAUGACUAUCCUUUUGGAAAAAUGACUUAUUCAUAAAUGAAUGUUACCCUUUCUGAUGGAACUUAAGCUGUACCAUAAUGGGACACUACUGGAUUUACAGAGUGUGCUGGAAAUACCAAAAUUAUUGAUCCAAAGACAAUUACUAUUUAGCAUAACUUUCGUGACUGA